UUCUGUUUUUUCACUCGUAUUAUGGGUCAUAAAAAAUUGCUUCCACUUCUAAAUAAAUAAAGUUACUUACAAGGAACGGAAAACGAGUGAUGCUUAGGGCAUGCUUGGAUUGAGGGUAAUGUAUUAAAGGGGUAAUAAAAGUCAAACUAAGGUAAUUGAAGGUGAUGAUGAGGGAUGAAGUGGUGGCAAAGGGAACAAGGUAGUGUUGGCAAGAAGAAAAUAAAAGGGAAGGGGGAACAAAUACCAUCAUCUGGGGGAAAUAGUUACCCACCAUCCCACUAGGGUGAUUAUUACCCUAAUUUGGGGGGUAAUUACUUCCCCCCCUUCCUCCCUUCUCCUCACAACACCACCACUACCACAACUUCUCAUUACAAUACCUCCACACCACCCUCCUUGCAACCACCUAAAUUCACCUUCAUUGUCCUUUUAUUAUGAUGGUUUGACUUUUAUUACCCCAAUAACCCAUUACACCUAAUCCAAACGUGACCUUAGGGUGAAAAGUAUAACGACCUAUGAUCUGGUUUAGUUAAAGUUUCACCCUUAAACCAAGUCGAGAACCUUAUUACUAGAGUUGUAAUUAAGUUAGAUAUCUUCUUAUUCCAUGUCAAACAACAUACAACUCGUUACUCGUACGUACGAGUUGAGGGUCCUUCUAAUUCUUAACAUAGUGGAGUUUCGAGUUGGUAUUGACUGCUCAGGAUGCGAGAACAAAGUGAAGAAAGCUAGAUCUCCUCAAGUUAGAUGUUUUAAAAUUUCAGGAGUUAAAGAUGUCGAAGUCGAUAUAGGUACACAAAAAGUAACGGUGACGGGAUGGGCAGAACAAAAGAAAAUACAAAAAGCGAUCAUGAAAACGGGGCUAAGAGUUGAGGCAUGGACAAUGCCUUAUAAUCCUCAAUUUCAGGAUUUCGAUCAUUUCUACGAACAACACAAGUCAUUCAAUUACAGGCCUAAUCCUUCAUCACAUCACAAGAAUAAUGGUAACAUCGUCGUCGUUCACGAACGUACGUAUGAUCCUCUUCCUUUGGUCGAUAAUAAUAAUGGAGAUGAUACAUUCACUAUGUUCAAUGAUGAUAAUCCUAGUGGAUGUUCUAUUAUGUAGUGCAAUCAAGUUCCUAAUGGUUGUAAGGCCCUGUUCUUUUUGGCUUAAUUUCAGCUUCAGGACAUAUUUGACAGUUCAGUUCAGUUCAGUUCAGUUCAGGAGCAUUCAGUUCAGUUCAGUUCAGGAGCAUUCAGUUCAGUUCAGUUCAGUUCAGUUCAGCUCUAAAGAACAGGGCCUAAAUAGUUGUUGGAUGUUGCAAAUAUGAGAAAAUCAAAGGUAUACUAUAAUGUCCAAAAAAAGGUAUACUAUAGUAAUAUGCAAAUGAAUGUUGUUAGUGUUGGAAGUUCUAGUUGGAAACAAUAAAGAAAUGAGCGCAACAGUGAGGGGGGAAAAUGUCCCACAUGGGUAAAAUACCAACAUCUUCCUUUAUUUAUAUAUUGGGGUUUGAGUGUAUUACUUGUUUAAGGAAGUGGGAAGAGGGGUACGGUGCGCGCGCGCACACACACACCCAUGUGUGCGCUGGCCGGGCUGGUCGGGCUCAUGCCUCGCGGCUUGGGAUCUUUGAUGCGCGGGUGUGGGGUACGUUGUGGGCCCAUAUAUUAUUUUUAAUUCAACUGUCAAAAUGCAGAUCUGGCGCUGACUUGUUGAGCGCGCGCUAAAAUUUUCUAGCGCUACAGGUUGCUUUUCAUAAAACUCUUAUUUUCUCAAACGUAUCUUAUUCUCUGUCCGAAGCUUACAGGUAUUGAUCGAAGCUUUUCUCUGUCCGAAGCAACAAACAAAUGUUCUGAUUAGAGCGUUGUUUAUAUCGCCCACUUUACUUUUCCAGAAUUUAAUUUGUAUGUUUAUGAAGCCAAAAAAAAUAUAUUCGUGCAACUAUUUCAAACGACCAAAACGCAUUUGUGCUAAAAGAUAAGUUGGUUUAGUUAAAA